UUUCCCCACCCCGCAGAGGAUGUCAGUCUUACCCAGAGAACCCAGGGCUUUAAUUCAGCAGGCUUCCCUGUAUUCUCAGAUAGGGCCCUCUCUUCCCUCAAAAUACUCAGCAGAAGGCUUGCGCCGCCAUUGGACAAGUGUAGUGGGGUUGGAUUUAGGAGACGGGUUGUAAUCAUGUCUCAGAAAGAGCACGUCCCCUGUGGCCGGAGUAAGGCCUGGUGGGAACACCAUGAGGUUUCAGAACUUAAAAAGAAAAAAAAUUAAGACAUUUUCUUUAAAUAUAGCCUUGAAUGUGUCUGAGGGCCCCAGCGAGCCUCAGUUUCCAUAUCCAUAAAAUGGCGACGGUAAUUAUACUGGCGUCACAGGGUCUAAUGAGAUCUCUGAUUUAAAACUAGGGAGGUUUUUAUUACUCACUUCUCUGGGGCAUAUUUAUCUCGCGUGAACAGUGUAAAACUAGUUGCUCCCUGUCCUGCCAGGUCAGAGUGUGAUUUGGCAAAGGAGUUGUUGGGAAGUCGAGGCUGGCAAUUAGCUGAGAGGGAGAACUCACUGGCUUUAUUUUCUUUCUUCUUGAUUUACCUGUAAACUAAGUGUAAGCUACAAGUUUCCUGUGGUCGCUGGGGCUAGAGCUUGACUCUGGAGAGAGGAAGAAUGGCAGCCUGGUGACGAGGCAGAGAAGCUUGAGGGAGUUCAGUCCUGGCAGCAACACCCCUGAAUUCCUGUGGUGAGAGGAUGUGGCUCCUGGACCCAUCCCGAAAAGAGGUGCUGAGGUUUGCUGCCAGCUGCCGUGUCCUGACUCUGGUGCUGCAGGCACUCUUCAAUGCCAUCAUCCCAGAUCACCGUGCAGAAGCCUUCUCUCCUCCUCGCCUUGCUCCCUCAGGCUCUGUGGACCAACUAGUGGAAAGUCUCCUGGGUGGCCUGUCUCACUGGGAUGCUGAACACUUUCUCUUCAUUGCUGAGCAUGGCUACCUGUAUGAGCACAACUUUGCCUUCUUCCCUGGUUUCCCCCUGGUCUUGCUGGUGGGGAGUGAACUGCUGAGACCCCUGCGGGGGUUACUAAGCCUACGGAGUUGCCUGUUAAUCUCAGUAGCAUUGCUCAAUUCCUUGUUCUCUGUUCUGGCUGCAGUUGCACUUCAUGACCUGGGCUGUCUGGUUUUGCACUGUCCCCGCCAGGCCUUUUACGGAGCACUGCUUUUCUGCCUCAGCCCUGCCAAUGUCUUCCUGACUGCCGGUUACUCAGAAGCUUUGUUUGCCCUCCUAACGUUCACUGCCAUGGGGCAGCUGGAAAGGGGCCAAAGCUGGACUAGUGGACUCCUCUUUGCCCUUGCCACUGGUGUACGCUCCAAUGGGCUGGUCAGUGUUGGCUUCCUCAUUCAUUCUCAGUGCCGAGGCUUUUUCUCUUCUCUCAUGGUACUGAAUCCUCUGAGACAGCUCUUGAAGCUAAUGGGCUCUGUGUUCCUGUCCAUGCUCAUACUUGGCCUUCCCUUUGCCUCUUUUCAGUAUUAUGCCUACACCCAGUUCUGUCUGCCAGGCUCGGUCCACUCCAUCCCUAAGCCCUUGCUGCAGUUAGCUUUGGACAAGGGCUACCGAAUUGCAGAGGGAAAUAAGCCACCUUGGUGCUCUUGGGAACUUCCCCUAAUAUACAGCUAUAUCCAGGAUAUCUACUGGAAUAUUGGCUUUUUGAGGUACUAUGAGCUUAAGCAGUUGCCCAAUUUUUUGCUGGCUGCACCAGUGGCUAUUCUGGUUGCCUGGGCAACUUGGACAUAUGUGACCACCCACCCUUGGUUCUGCCUUACACUUGGGAUGCGGAGGAACAAGAACAGUAAGACCCUAGAAAAGCCCGAUCCUGGAUUCCUCAGUCCUCAGGUGUUUGUGUACCUGAUUCACGCUGUAGCACUGCUGCUCUUUGGCUGUUUGUGCAUGCACGUUCAGGUUCUCACCAGGUUUUUGGGCUCUUCCACACCUAUCGUGUACUGGUUUCCAGCUCACUUGCUUCAGGAUCAAGAGCCACUGCUGAGAUCCCUAGAGACGGUGCCCUGGAAGCCUCUUGCAGAGGACUCCCCACCAGGACAAAAGGUCCCCAGAAAUUCUAUCAUGGGACUUUUGUACAACUGGAAAACCUGUUCUCUAGUCACACGAUGUAUUCUAGGCUACUUCCUGACUUACUGGCUCCUGGGACUGCUCCUGCAUUGCAACUUCCUGCCUUGGACAUGACCUAGAAUCUCAGGGGACAGGCUUGAAACCAAACAAACCAGAGGGCUGAAAGUACAAAUAUAUAAAUACACUGCCUGCACUGCCUUGGGAUUCUUACUCUGUCCAUUAAUUAGAACCUCUUUCUCUAUUUGAAGGUUGGUUAGGAAUGGGAGCAGUAUGAGCCACCAGAGAGCCCCCUAAUGGUCCUGGCUAUGGAAAAUUUUUAGAGUAGUGAGUAUUUUCACAGAAAGUGCAAACAUCUUAUUCUAAGUCUAAAGUAUACCUGAAUCUGUCUCUUUAACCAAGCACAGCAGAGAUAGUCUUGAACUUACCACUGAUCCACUUGUAAAUGUAAAUGUAAAUUUCAUCAAAGGCUCUAGCUAACAGACUGGUAAUAGUCCACACAUGAUGGCAGAGGUCCAAACAGUGUAGUGGCAGGUAGUAAGUAAAGUGGGACCUUCUUUUCUAAAUGAGACAUUGUUGCCCUGACCUCAGCAUAUUCCCAGGUUGCAGGUUUGAUCCCUGGACAGGGCACGUAUGAGAGGCAGCUGAUCCAUGUUUCUUCAGGGGGUUGCCAGUUGGGAACACGUGAGAGGCAACUGAUUGCUGUUUCUUUCUUUUUCUCCCUCCCUUCUCCUCUCACUAAAAAUAAAUAAAAUCUUUAAAAAAAAUUUUU